AUGAGUAGAUUCUCUAUUUAAUCAAAUGAUAUGGAUAAAGUGCAUUAUGAAUUUGGAAACAAUCUUUGGUUAGGAAAUCUGAAAGCAGCAAAGAAUUCAAGUCUUUUAAGAUAAAAUAAUAUAAAGACUGUGAUUACAGUAGCCAAUAAUAUCACUCUUAAAUUAUAGAAUUUCAAACAUUAUGUAAAUAAUGAUAGUUAUGAUAGAUUUAUAGUAUUGAGGAUACUGCUACUUUUCGUAUAUUUGAUUAUUUUUCUUAAAUUAAUGUAGCAAUAGAAGAGGGAUUAAAAAAUGGUUCAGUUUUGGUACAUUGUGUAGCAGGUGUUUCAAGAUCUAGUGCAUGUGUGAUUGCCUACUUAAUGUAUUCUUAAAAAUGGUCUUAUGAAAAAACAUAUUACUAUUUGAAAGAAAAACGAUUAACAAUUAAUCCAAAUCCAGGAUUUAAGAAAUAGCUGAUCUAAUACAAUAACCAAUUAAAUUGGUUUCAAAAAACAAAAAACUCUAAUGAAACCAUUUAAUCAAGCAAAGUACUGCUUUCUCCUAGAAAUAUGUAAAAUAUAUUCAUUUAAAUUUUUAUUUAGACCGAAGUGUCCACAUGAUUUUAUUCUGUAAUUAACUUAAAAUAGUAUUAAGUCUCCAAGUAGAAAGAUUGAAUAGUUAGAUUAAUCAUCUACAACAGAAGAGAGAGAAAUUUAUAGAUUUUAAUUGGCAUAAAAAUUAUUUGCUAAAAGUCUAAAGAAUAACAAUAAAACGAGUGUCUCAAAGAUUUGUGAGUAAAUUAAAACUAAUUCACCUUCGAUCAAAUUAAGUAUGUACAAUACAAUCAAUUAUUUUGCAUAAACUGAUAGAGUUUUUUGA